UCCAUGUGAAACAAAACAGAUGCUACGACAGAUUUGCCACACAGUUCACACGAGGACGUCAAGCACAACAACGGGAGUGGAGUCUAGUCUUGGGUCAGACGACUAAAAAAAAAAAAAAAAACCCGCUACAUAGACUGCCCUAGUUGUUAACUAACAUCCAAUUCGUUAUUUAUACCGUUUAUUUUGAGGAAGCCAACGGUCAUCUGGCAGGCGGCAUGACUGAACACAACCGUACCAUUUUCAAAUGUCAGUUCACCAGGCAUUGCUAUGGCCCAGGAGACCAAUCAGAGCCCAGCUCCUAUGCUGUGUGCUACCGGCUGUGGUUUCUAUGGCAACCCCAGGACUAAUGGCAUGUGCUCUGUUUGCCACAAGGAGCACCUGUCAAGACAGAACAAUGGAGGUGUCACUUCCCUGAGUGCUGUAGGCAGCAACAGUGGCUCCGCAGUUGAGGCUUCAGCAAUCCAGAGGUUAGAGGCCACCUUGAAUAAUGCUGCAGCAGCUGCCGUGGCUGCAGCAGAGGUUGCAGCUGAGGCGGCAGCUUCAGCAGAGGCUGCUGCAACAGAGGCUUUCAGUGGGAUAUCAACUAUUUCUGUAACGCAAAAGAUGGCAGAGAUAAGUCUCUUGUCAGAGGACAAAGGAGCAUCGGGGAGCAAAGCAGAAUUCACAGACACUGUGACAAGUCAGACCACAGUCACAUCCAUUCAUCCCUCCACUGCUGGCAGUGAAGAAUCCCAAGCCUUGGAACCUCCCAAACCCAAAAAGAACCGUUGUUAUAUGUGCCGCAAAAAGGUUGGCCUGACAGGUUUUGAAUGCCGCUGUGGGAACCAGUUCUGUGGCUUUCACCGUUACUCAGACCAGCACAACUGUCCGUACGACUACAAAGCUGAAGCUGCAGCCAAGAUUCGCAAAGAGAACCCCGUGGUUGUCGCCGACAAGAUCCAGAGAAUAUGAAAACUUUUUCUUCGAUCAGUGGGCUUAAACAAAAUGGACCCAAAUUGAGCCCGACCUUGUCUUAUGGAUCCCAACGUUCACAAUCAAUAAUAUGGUUUUCUUCCCACUCCUUCAUAUUUCCAGCUACUGUUGCCGCUGUGUGAUUUUUAUUUUUUUAGAUGGUGUUAGAUCUAACAGGUAAGAGGGUUACUUGGGUCCAUAUUAUGGUAUCCAUCCAUCAAUUUUCUAUACUGCUGAUCCAGUGCUGCCCUGAAUAGAAACUUUGAUUAUGUACAAAUCAGGUGAAGGUUGGCUGUUUUGAUCCUCCAUAGAGAUAAUUUAGAAAUGUCAGAUUCUUGGGCUAGACUGGAGCCUUUUACUGCUGUUGGCUUGUGAUCCCAUCCUAGCCAUGCUUGCUCUCUGCUGGCAUGAGUAGCAAAGUGGAUAUUGGAUUUUUUUUUUCUCUCUUAAUUUUUUUCCCAUCCAUCCAUUCUCUGAGCCGCUUAUCCUCACGAGGGUCGCGGGAGUGCUGGAGCCAAUCCCAGCUGUCAUUGGACACCCUGAACUGGUUGCCAGCCAAUCGCAAGGCACAUAGGGCCUACACAACAGUCGCACUCACAAUUUCACAAAGGGAAAAUUUAGAGUCUCUAGUUAAUGUAAGUUUGUCCCCUUGUUCAAAAUUGAAGUCUUCUGAGAUCGUCAAAUAACAGCAUCCUGUGUUUGCCAGUCCGUGCCACUGGACCCAUCCACUCUCCCCACACACUCAUGUUGCUCCCACAAUAUUAUGAAACUGUUGAAGCGUGCCCAUAUGAAUUUUUGAAAAAGAUCUGAAUUUUGCCACAGGAACCUCAUGCUCAUUUGGUCCUUAAUUAACAUGACUGUUCCUUGUAUUCUCAUUUCUCCCCACUGUUUUUCACCUGUGUGUGUGUGUGUGUGUGUAUGUGUGUAUGUGUAUGACAAGUAGCCUAAACUUGAAUCAUUUGUUUUGCCUUUGACAUGGUUUGGUCUCACUAAUAUUUUAUGUUUUGACUUCACUUUUGAGUGCUUUCUGCUGUUUUAAUGUGAGUUGAUGUUCACAAUGUUGGGAAUGUUAAAUUGUUGUUUUGAUAUGUGUACCCAAACAGACAUUUGUUGUGUGGAAAGUUUUGAACGGUUUGACUGAGUAUGAGAUGAGUAGUGUUUGCUUUUAAUGGAUUAUUUUUGUGGGGAGAAGGUCUGGCUGCUUAUUCCCAUGUUUUUUUUCUUCCCCUUUUAGUUAUGCAAGUUUGUACAAACAUUAUUUAUAUACUGCGGUAUGUGUGAUCUAAUAAUACAGAGUAAGUUGUAUGAUGUAAAUAAAAUGUGUUCACAAAAAUUA